CAAAUCUCUUCAUUUGCUUUUUUUGCCAAUAAAGUCUUUCAGUUAUCAGUACAAUCUUAUCCAUUUCCCUCAAAUAUUCUUCCUUUAUUUUCAUCUUAAUUUUUCGAAUCGGAAAUGGCUGCAGAUUCGAACAACCCAGAGCUGGAUCUCGAGCUUCUUCCUUACCUUCGACUCUACAGAAACGGCGUCGUUGAAAGGCUUCUUGGGACACGUAUCACUCCCCCUGGGCUCGAUACUCGGACGGGAGUUGACUCUAAAGACAUCAUUAUUGUCCCCGAAACCGGCGUCUCUGCUCGACUUUACCGUCCGACCGCCGUUGACCCUCACCGGAAACUUCCAUUGGUUGUUUACUUUCACGGCGGCGCGUUUCUCGUAGCCUCCAGUGCUGAACCUAUCUACCAUAACAACUGUCUCAUCCCGCUUGCCGCCGAGGCCCAAACCGUCCUCCUUUCGGUGAACUAUAGAUUAGCGCCGGAGCAUCCUCUCCCCGCCGCUUAUGAUGAUUCUUGGGCGGCGCUGCAGUGGAUUGCCGCCCAGUCCCAGACCUCCGCCGACGAGCCCGGUCAUGAGCCUUGGCUUAAAGAGCUAGUCGACUUUGAGAAGGUGUUCUUAGUAGGUGACAGUGCAGGUGGAAACAUAUCACACCACAUGGCCCUGCGAGCCAAAAGCUCGAAUCUGGGUGCCAAAAUCAAAGUCGUGGGAAUCGCUCUAAUUCAACCAUACUUCUGGGGACAGGAGCCAAUCGGAUCAGAGAUCACUGAGCAUCACAAAAGAGCUGAAGUGGAUCGUUGGUGGAACUUCGUCUGCCCAUCAGACAGAGGAAACGACGAUCUCCUCAUCAACCCCUUCUCCGAUGGGUCACCGGCAAUCGAUGGCCUCACCGGUGAGAAGGUGGUGGUAAUCGUUGCAGAGAAAGACAUCCUGAGGGACAGAGGGAAGCUUUACUACGAAAAUCUAGCGAAGAGUGAAUGGAAAGGUAAGGUGGAGAUUUAUGAGACGGAAGGUGAGGAUCAUGCAUUUCAUAUGUUAGAUCCCACUUCCGAGAAAGCUAAGGCCCUUAUCAAACGUUUGGCUUUCUUCCUAAAUGAAGAUUAAACGUUCAAAUUUGGCGGAUUA